AUGCCAAUUCCGAGUCGUUCUCAGGGAUUUUCUGUAGGUCCACAGGAUGCAUCAAUUACAAUUGACAUUUUCUUAGAUUUAACAUGUGGUGAUUGUCGUUCAAUAUUUCCAACGAUGUUAGAUUUAAUUAAUGAAUAUAAUGAAAAAAUUCAAAUCAAGUUUCAUACAUUUCCAUUACCUUAUCAUACAUACUCAUUUAUUGUUAAUCAAGCUGUACAUGUUAUUUCACAUUUAACACAUGGAAAUAUUAAAUCAAUCCUUUGUUACAUGAAACAAAUUUUUGAUCAACAAACACAAUUUUAUGAUUAUUCAACCCUAAAUAUGUCCCGUUUACAAAUAAUGAAACUUGUCUCAUCUUUUAUUCCUUCAACCAUAGAUAAACAAAAAUUUUUGAAUGGUCUAGGUGAUGCAACAAUAAAUAGAGAAGGAACAAUAGCAUUUAAAUACGGUUGUUCCAGAGGUGUUGUUGGUACUCCAACAUUUAUGAUUAAUGGUGUUAUUGUACAAGGUGAGACAGAAAAAUGGACAUUAAAUAAUUUUAAAUUAAUUUUGGAUCCACUAUUAAACAAUAAUAGAUAUCCAAGUUGUAAAACACCGAAAAAUUUAGUCUGUUGUUUCGCCAAUAAUAUUAGACAAUGUCCAAGAUUGGGAUGUCACUGUUUUUAUUUGAAUACAAAAAACUUAUGUGAAAUAUAA